ACCUUUUACCACUUGAUAUUUUGAUUCUGAACAAAGGAAGUGAUAUUAUUGAUCAGCAACCUUCUCUCAUUCACAUGUGGAAAGAAGGCUCUUCACUGCCAUUAGUUUUGCAUUCUCUUCAACUUCACGUGCUUCUGGCUUACCAAAUUUGCUGACUACGGGCUCUCGGACGAUUUUUUUGCCAACCUGUAAUAAAUUGCUGAUCUUGAUCACGUCUGUCGUGGAGUUGCAAUUCUCUCUGUGAGGAUGAGGAGCCUUGGCCUUGGUCUGCUGCUAUGCGCAGCCCUCUGUGCUGCCGUUCCCAUACCAAAGGAGAAAGGCCACCAGAAGAAAGAGGAGCCUGUGACCGGUGCUCCCUUGUCCCCAGAGCGCAGAGCAGAGUACCAAAGAUAUCUUGAUGAGCUUAUGACCGAGCUUGGCGGUGAUCCGGAGCUGAAGAAGGAGCUGGAAAAGCUGUCUCCCGAUGAGCUGGCAAAAUUGAUGGAAUUGCCUGGCGGACACAAGGAUGAACGCACACUUGAGGAGGAAGAGUGGAGAGAUGAAGUGGAUGAGCAGCGGAGAUUACAGCGGCAUCGCUUUGACAAGGAGAAUGAUUUUGACGAGAGACCCGACGGCCUGCAUCUGGAUGAACUGCCCGAGGACAAUGCCGAAAUCGAGCGCAUGCUGCAGGAGCAGAACCAGAAGAUGGAGAACACGGAGAAGCGUCACCACGACGACUUUGUUAAGUUCGAGAUGGAGCGAGAGUACGAGCGCCGACAGAAACUCAAAUCCCUGUCCGAGAAGGACCGCUUAGAGGCUGACGAGAAGCACCAGGCUGAGGUUGCAAAGGCCAGGGAUCACCCCAAGGUUCACCAUCCUGGCAGCGAGCAGCAGUUACGACAGGAGUGGGAGGAUGAGGGCUUCGACCCAGACUCGUUCAAUGUGGAGACAUUCUUCCACAUGCAGGACCAUAACCAGGACGGACAGCUGGAUGCCGGCGAGGUUGAGGGCAUGCUGGUAAACGAAGUCGAGAAGAUUCAUCAUGACCCAGCUUCUGCCGAGUACCACGAGGAGCUGCUGCGUAUGCGCCAGCAUGUCGUCCACGAAGUCGACAAGAAUCGUGACGGACUUCUGUCGAUGGAGGAGUUCCUGGCGUCCACCAAGCUGAAGUCAUUUGCUAACGAUGAUUCGUGGAAGGGGCUCGACUACGACGAUGACUACACCGAUGAAGAGUAUGAGGAGUAUGAGCGGCUGAUGGAGGAGCAGCGUCGCCAGCAUGAGACCCAGAUGCAGGGCGGCGACGCGGGUGUUCCGCAUGAUAUGCUGCCUGAGCACCAGCAGCCCGUGGCCGAUGGCAACGUUCAACCGCAGCAUGCCAUCCCACAACCAGGUGAUCACGAGCAGCAGCAGCAACAACACGAGCAGCCCCCUCAUCACGAACAACAGCAGCAGCAGCAACAUCACGAGCAACAGCAACCCCCUCAUCAUGAGCAACAGCAACAGCAGCAACCACCUCAUCACGAGCAGCAACAGCAGCAUCAUGAGCAGCAGCAACCUCCCCAUCAUGAACAGCAGCAGCAGCAACAACCUCCCCAUCAUGAGCAGCAGCAGCAGCAACAACCUCCCCAUCAUGAGCAGCAGCAGCAGCAACAACCUCCCCAUCAUGAACAGCAGCAGCAGCAACCUCCCCAUCAUGAACAGCAGCAGCAGCAACCUCCCCAUCAUGAACAGCAGCAGCAGCAGCAACCACAAGCUGCACACUAGACAUAGAAAUACACAUUCUCGCAGUGUUUAUAUCACCCAUUGCCUGUGUGUGUGUGUGUGUGUGUGUGUGUGUGUGUGUGUGUGUGUGUGUGUGUGUGUGUGUGCCAAUGUGCACAUUGCACCAUAAUUAUGCAGGUGCAUGCUGCUUUUUUAAUCCAGUGCUGUUUUGCUAUGCUUUUAUGCCAGUUGUCUGAUGUUUCUCAUUGUACGGAUGGUUUCAUUUUUCAUUUGGUUUCCUAUUCCGAAUAGGGCUGGCUGUGUGCUACUGGAUCGCGUGGAAGCUAUUGACCCUAUUGCUGUUGUGUUGCUCCACUGUCAGCACGAAGGCUUGAAGCAAACUUGCUUCGAGUCGUCAAAUUUAUCCCUACAUCUACACUCUCGAGCCUGUUUGAAGCUGGCCGCGUGCGUUUUAAAACCGUAGUCAGUACAUGUACUUGACGAACA